CAAGUCUCUUGCGUUGAAGCUUUGCUUAUGAAUUUCCAGCACCAAUAGAACAAGCUUUGCUUCUGAGUUGUCUUCGGAGUCGGAACUAUUUUAUAUCCCCACAGAGAAUAUGCAAUUUCUGUAGCAGAAGGGAUUGGAUUGUUGAACAGGACAGGCAAGCUAACAGUGAUUAGUCAAGUCCUUUCUUGGCGGCUCAAUCUACCGAUCCAAUACUCUCAGUUGGAUUGGAGAUAGCAAUGGCAGGAGUAAUACAAAAGUUUGUUGCUGCAUCAUUGUUUAUGUGGAUAACUCCCGUGGCAAUAUUAUAUGCAUUUAACAAUAAUUUGCUUCCUGGUGCAAGCGACAUGUCUCCAUAUUCACUCACAUUGUUGAGUGGAUUCCUUGCUGUUAUAUCUGUCAACAUGGUUAUUGCAUUUUAUAUAUAUAUGGCAAUGAAGGAACCUUCUGACAAACAUAAGCCUGAUCCUGCAUUUCUUGCUGAGGCCAAAGCUAGCGUAAGCCAGCCUACAGGUGAAGCUGAUAGCUCUUCCCAAUCCUCCAAGAAAGAAGAGUAGGAUAUCCCAUUUGUCAUUUCCACGGUCGGAAGCACUGAAAAUUUGACAGCAUCAUGCAGUCUGCAGACCAGAAAUAGUGAUUAAGAAUCCACUUGAUUAAUGUAUGUUGGUUUUCAUUUUCCGUCAGCUGCUAUUAAUGAUGUGAUUUUGCUAUCACAAGCUCCUUUCUGGAACUUGCCAUGGUUGAUGCAUUCUUCGCCCCUUAUUUUUCAGAUAAAUUUUAGUGUUGGAGGAAAAUCAUGGUUGCACUUGCUUUUUGACUCAAAGCGAUUGAACUCUCAUAUAUUUGGGCUGCAGGUAUACAACUAAUUGAGAUUGCUUUUAUGUGUAA